AUGAAAGAUUUAUAUAUCGCAGACAGCUUGCAAAAUCUAGAUGUUAUUGCCCAAAAAGAUGAUGUUAUCUACAGUCUCAAGAAAUCUCACAGGUUUACUCAUUUUGCAAACAAAAUUUUGGCCCAACUACUUCAGUGCCAGGACGAUGAAGAAAAGUGUUAUAUAUUAUGCACGAGAUACAUACAUCUCGUGGAUUAUCUUUUUAAAAUAUCCGACGAUAGAAACCACUCCGAAUUGCUUCAUUUGAGCGAUUAUCGCAAAGUUAAACUCCGUAUAACUGAACUGAGAAAAAGUCUUGAUGAAAGAUAUAAUGCAUUAUCAAUUGGAGAACCUAAUACACCAAGUUCACCAACAGCUUUGAUUCCCCAAACAACUAACAUGAAAAUUGGAGAUGCUCAAGAAUUUAGAGAUAAAUUUAUAUCACCACGUGAGCUGUUUUGUAUACUUGAGAAAGAAAAGAACUUCUUAUUAGUAGAUAUACGAUCUCAAUCAGAUUAUGCUAACUGUAGAAUCAGUGCGAGAGAAGGAACAGUAAUUAAUAUACCUGGAGAGCUGAUUAUAGCAGGCUUGUCUGCUAAUACACUGGGUCAUUGUUUAGAUAAUUCUAUAAAAGAUAUAUGGGAUAAAAGGGACAAAUUUGAUAUUAUUAUUCUUAUGGACAAUGACACUCAAAAAUACAAUUAUGUUGGAUCAAAACUGGAACGACUAAGAAGUUUUAUUGUUGAGUGGGACAGCCUUCGCAUUUACAAACAAGAACCUGUUGUAGUAAACGGUGGUUUAAGAGAGUAUGUUGAGUGGUUUCCUACAACUGUAGAUAAUUCGCAGGUAUUUUUGAACCAAACAAACUUUGAAAUAGAUGAACUCUUAGACCUUGAUUGCAUAAAUUACCCAGAAAGUGGUUCCACCAAACAAAUGAAUCUUAAAAUCCAUGAUAUAAAUUCGCUUAGCAAUUUAGACAGUCGUAUUAAAGGAGACUUUGAAGAUCAUGGAGAAGGUGAUGAAAAUUAUAAUAAAUUGCAUAGCUUAUCUGAAGGCCAUCUACCCCUGGACUUCUAUAAUUCAAAGGAAAGCCUACCAGUUAGUCCAUACAAAUGUUUAUCUGAAGAAGCUUUUCGGAAAGAUGUGCCUACUCCAGAACCAGAUGUCCUUUUUCCUCCUGUGGUUGAAGGAGAACAAAUACAAAAACCAACACCAGAAGUAGAGGAGGAAGCAGAAAUUAAAGAAAUCAUGGAAGGCGACAAGGCAGCUCUUCUGCGCCAAGCUAGAAAGGCUGCUAAGCCAAGAUUUGGUGUAGGUGAACCUCAAGAGAAAGGAGAUAGAAGAAGGGAAAGGCCUGAAUCUAGUAAAGGUUCCAGCCCUCGUGAGAAAGAGCCAAGAUUAAAUGAACCGACUGGCCAAGAUCAGUUUAUAUUUGCUAAACCAGCUCCUCCUACUAUUGAUAGAUCAUUCAAACCUGUUCAAUUGAUUGGAGAUGGUUAUACGGGUCUGAGAAAUUUAAAAAAUAUAUGUUACAUGAAUGCUUUGCUGCAAUGUUUAAAAGUUAUUCCUAUAAUAAAAUCGGUUUAUGUAACUACAGAUAGAUACAUUACUAUUACAACCAGAUCACCACCCAGGGUGAAUUAUCAUUUUGCUGAUGUACUUAGGGAGCUUUGGUGUGGUACCAGUCAACAACCAAGAGUGUUCCUAAUCCAAGAAUUCAAAGAUAGAAUAUGUGAAUUUGCUCCAAUGUACGAUAGAGGUACCCAUGAGGAUUGUUUCGAAUUUUUCAUGUUUUUAUUUAAUGCACUUAGUGAAGACUGCUCAGUUGACCUGCCACGUUUAAAAAUGAUGACUGAAAGUGAAAAAGCAUGGUACGGACAUCUUCAAGGCAGGUCAUCUAUUUUAAUAGAUAAUUUUUAUUACCAAUUAAAAAAUACCAAGGUUUGUUGUAAUUGCCAAAAAGCGAAUCAUUCAUUUGAAACGGAUAGCACCUUAAUGUUGCCUGUGUCUACAAAAUCAGGUUAUUUAAGAGACAUGGUAGCUGAAUAUCUGAAGGAAAAUAGACUAACCGACUUUUCCUGUUCAAAUUGCAAGUCCACGGGUACUAUUAUCAAUAAAAAGGAACUCGUGGUUGAGCCUGAAGUGUUGGUUAUCGUUUUAAAAAGAUACAUAGCCAAUUCUGAUGGCACUUUCCGAAAAAAUGAAGCAGAAGUCGGUUUUCCUAUGCACGAUUUGCAAUUUGGCAAAUCCAAGUACAAUUUGUAUGGGGUGGUACAGCAUUCUGGAGGAAUGACGUAUGGGCACUAUUUUGCUUCGGUUCUUUUGAACGAUAAAAAAGGCACUUGGGCUAUGUUUAACGACGAGGCAAUAACUUUACACUCUACUAAUAUCAAUGAACAAACGACCAUCAGAACAGCAGUAGCUGGAUUUUUCUAUGUUCGCAAGAGAAUAGUUUAA